AUGAAGUUUGGAUGCGGAACAGCAUCUAUUAUGGAAAAAGCGAAAAAAGAUGUUGGACAGAAAUUUCGUCGUAUAAAGCACAAUCUUGUCAACUCUAAUAAAAUAGAUGAUGACGACUUGAAGAUUGUCAACGCCCUUGAGCAUCGCAAUCAAAAGGUCAUCAAUGCGGUCUCCAUAUAUCGGAAGCAUGUGUCCAACACAGUUAAAACUGGCCUUCGAGAGGAAAAUGUCGAUAAACGUCGAAAAAAGCUUGAUGAGUUCGCGCUCUGUGCGGAUUUGCGGGACAUUUCGACGGACCUGGAAGCAUCGCAUACUACCUGUCUUCACCGGGUUAUUCAAAAAAUCAGCCAGGCGUUACAGGUUAUUGUCGAUGAAAAGGUGAAGCACGACAUGAUGAUCGAAAAACGGGUUCUUGAUGAUUUGGUUCAGUUUCAAGAGAUGGAGAAAGCGUUGUGUAAAAGCAGAGAACGUUUAAGUAACGCUUUUACGGAUGUCGAUAUUGCUAAGAAGGCGUUGGAAAAAGCAGAUAGUACCAGUAGCAAUAUUGCUCAGCUUCAAGACACCCUCGAUGCUUCUCAAUUGAAGCUUGAAAAUCAAAAAGACAACACCAUCACAGACGUGUAUUCAUUAGCUGCCAGAGAACAGGAAAUCGCAAAGGUGUUUACCGCAUUACUCGAAGAGCAACUUGAAUACCAUCGUGUUGCUAUGCGUACACUUGAAAUGGUUUUGCCCGAAAUCCGCCGUGAUAUUGACAACGCUCGUCCUCGUCCAGUGUUCGGGGUUGAUUUGAGCGAGCAUCUUCGUCACACUCAGGGACGUGUCGCAGUUGUUUUGGAAAAGUGUUGUACGAUGUUGAGGUCUAGUGGUUUUAACGAGAAAGGAUUAUUCCGAGUUAAUGGAAACAACACAAAAAUUCGACGGAUGAAGUCCGCAUUUGAUGCUGGCCAAAUAGAUAGUGAUGAGCGUGCGUACUUUCUCGAUCCUCAUUCAGUGUGUAGCGUACUGAAGAGUUAUUUGAGAGAGCUACCUGAUCCACUUCUCACUCAUAGGCUCCAUAACGACUGGGUAAACGCCUCAAAGCUCGAGGAUGAGGCGAAACUGCAGGCGUUUGAGCGAUGUAUAGGCGAACUACCGGCAUGUCAUCGACAUAACCUCACCUACCUCAUCAAUUUUCUUUCUGAAAUGUUGCAGCACCAAGAGCAGACAGCUAUGAAUUGUGGUAAUCUUGCAAUUGUAUUCGGACCGAAUUUGCUGGGUGGUGAUAUUGACGGAAAUAAUGCUGUUGGGACCAAGAUUGUGGAGACAUUAUUGAAGAACGCUCCUCGUCUUUUUGGAUGUCCCGUGGUGUCCAACAAUGGUCACGGGGGUGCUGGUGGUGGGUCGAAUGGCCAACAAAACUCUUCCCGAAACAUUUCGGUCGAUACAGGUACACCAUCGAGACCGAUUCAGCCGAAGGAUAGACUUGAUAGUGGAAAUGCUCCAUCACUGGGAACCUCUCCUCGUGGCAGACCAAAGGAACGCGCACCUCCACCGCCAUAUGCACAGCCGAAAACUAGCUCGUUAAUUGAUCUUAGUGAUGACUGCAAUGAUACAGAACUAGCUCACAAUUCAUCAACAGGAAUGAAUGACUCCACUUUCAAUCAAAGCCAAUCAUUGAUGUCCGCUGACUUGAAUGAGUCUUUUGGGAUGUCUCCAACGCCAGCUCAAGAAUCUGAUGACUCAUUUGAUGAGUAUCAGGAUGAAUCGCUUCCUAGUAGUAUUUCUCGGAGUCACGGCGAGAUGAUAAGUUCAAUGUUCAACGUUCCUCAACGGCCUCCACCACCUACGUUCCGAUCAGAAGGUAGUAACAGUCGUCCACUGUCGUACAACAAGGCCGUAGGCGCUGAGCCUGUUCCUGUUCCUAGAACUCGUCCUUCUCGAUCUGUCAUUGUUGAGAAUUCGUCCUCUUCGAGUGGGUCCAGUUCAAUUAAGCGACCAACAAUACUAAAUCGAGAGGAUAUUGUUGGCUUGGAAGUGUCCAAUAGUUUUAAGACAGUGGUGUCUGUGGAUGUUCCGCCACUACCGGCACGUUCUAAGCCACCACUUCCUGCAAAGCCUAGGAGUGAUAAUGAGACAUCGCGUCUAUGA